UUUAUGGUACAGAGGGAGAGGCUUUAUUCUCAGUUGCUGCGUACACCUUUCUGCCAUUGAUCUUUCCUUUCCUUUCCUCUUUUUUUCUCUGUGCUUUCCCUUUUCUUUUUCUCCAACCAAAUAAAUCCAAAUCUCUUCCGUCCUCGUAUCCAUCUCCCAUCUCCCUCCCUUUCCAUUAAGCCACCAUCCUCCCUCUCACUCUUUUUUUUUUUUUUCUUUCUUCCCCCUCUUCCACACAAAUCCUCCGGCGCCGCACAUGGAAAUGAGCCACCUAACCGCCGCGACGGCGUUCUCGGAGUCCGACAACGACAGCAGCGUCUGCUUCAGUGACGCCGUCCACAUGGAGGCCUCGGUGGUGGACUCCACCACGGCCGACGUGGAGGCCCUCCGCCGCCUCUCCGACAACCUGGGCUCCGCCUUCCAGUCACCGGACUUCGAUUUCUACGCGGACGCCAGUAUCGCCGUUGCCGGGAGCAUCCCGCGCGAAGUCGGCGUCCACCGCUGCGUGCUUUCCGCCCGGAGCCCCUUCUUCCGGGAGGUGUUUGCGAGAAGGGAGAAGGGGGUGCCGGCGAAGUUGGAGCUCAGGGAGCUGGUGAGGGACUUGGAGGUCGGGUACGAGGCCCUGGUGGUGGUUCUUGGGUACCUCUACAGCGGGAGGGUGGGCCCGCUCCCCAGGGGGUUUUGUACGUGCGUCGACGAGGAGUGCUCCCACGAGGGCUGCCGGCCGGUUGUCGAUUUUAUGGUCCAGGUGCUCUAUGCCUCCUUCACCUUCGACAUCUCUGAGCUGGUCAACCUCUUUCAGAGACACCUUCUUGAUAUUCUUAAAAAGGUGGCUAUAGAUGACAUACCAGUGAUUCUAAACGUUGCAAAUAUGUGCAGCAAGUUUUGUGCCAGAUUGCUUACCAAAUGCAUUGAAAUGGUAGCCAAGUCAGACCUGGACUUUGUUACACUUGACAAGGUGUUGCCUCCAGAUAUUGUCAAGCAAAUAAUGGAUUUGCGGUUAAAUUUUGGAAUAGCUAGACCUCAAAUCAAUGACAUUUCCAAUAAACAUGUCAAAAGAAUGCAUAGAGCUCUUGAUUCAGAUGAUGUUGAAUUAGUUGGAAUGCUGCUAAAGGAGGGACACACCUCUUUAGAUGAUUCAUAUGCUCUGCAUUAUGCUGUGGCAUAUUGUGACUUAAAAAUCACAACAGAGCUUCUGGAUCUUGGACUUGCAGAUGUUAAUCACAGAAAUCCAAGGGGUUAUACUGUUCUUCACAUAGCUGCAAUGCGUCGAGAACCACAAAUUAUUGUGUCCCUCCUAACAAAGGGAGCUAGACCAUCUGAUCUAACAUUAGAUGGAAGAAAUGCACUUCAAAUCUCGAAGAGACUUACGAGGUCUGUGGAUUAUUGUAGAUCUAUUGAAGAAGGAAAGGCUUCUCCAAAGGAUGGGUUGUGCAUUGAAAUAUUAGAGCAAGCUGAAAGAAGGGACCCACCAAUAGGAGAAGCUUCUGUUUCUCUUGCAAUGGCAGGUGAUGACCUGCGUGGAAGAUUAUUGUACCUUGAGAACCGAGUUGCUCUGGCAAGGGUUUUAUUCCCCAUGGAGGCAAAAGUUGCCAUGGAUAUUGCUCACGUGGAUGGCACUAUGGAGUUUCCCCUAGGUUCUACUUCAAACCAUACAACUACAAGUCAGAGAACAUCAGCGGAUUUAAAUGAAACACUUUUCAAAUUCAAGGAGUACCUAGCUCGAAUGGAAGCACUCUGUAGAACAGUGGAACUGGGUAAGCGAUUCUUCCCACGGUGCUCGGAUUUUCUUAACAAGAUCAUGGAUGAUGAAUAUACGGAGCUCACUUCUCUUGGGCAAGAUGACUCGGAAGAGAGAAGGAAGAGAUUCCUUGAACUGCAAGAAGGGGUGAUAAAAGCAUUUUGCGAGGACAAGGAGGAAUUUGAUAGGUCUGCACUCUCGCCUUCGCCAUCAACAUUACGGUCAAGAAAAUGAUGGUGGACAUAUCACAUUGAUUUGCACUACUUUUCUUCUUUGAAGCUUGCUUGUUUAUUGGCUUUUCUUGCCACGUGAUGGGCCCUUUUUUUUUUACUUGUAUUUAAAUAACCUGAGCCUUCGAGCAAAUGUUGUAAAUAAUAGACGUUUGAGUAAUGUACAUAUCUAUUUUCUAACUUUA